UGACCUUUCCAGCCUGCGCGUUUACCACUAACUUUUUCCCAUGUAAAUCAUUAUACAUAUUGCUACGGCAUGAGCCGGGCGAGGAGAAGAAGAAGAUGUUAGCGUGUGCAUGAGUGUGCAGCCUCGGGACGCCAUCUUUACUUCGCCAUCAAUCUCGGUCCUUAAAUAAAGCCUGUUUAACUUUAACCGUAACAGUUUUGUGGUGGAGGUGCGGGGUACUUCGACCAAGACGACGGAGCUGCUGCAGCAAGUACCACGCCGGAGCCGACGCCUCGCUCGACUGCCCCCAACACCACUUGAGAUCCCGAUGUUCCACAGCGGUGACCAACAACCUUCUCUGGCAGCUCCAGUGUGAACAACCGGCGCCUAGAUGCAUCAGAUGGAGCCCCGUCCUUUGUCAGGAAAAUUCGGCGAGGACGUGGAGGAAUGGCUCACCCACUACAAGCGUGUGAGCAAGUACAACGGCUGGAACGCCACGGCUCAGCUCGACAAUGUGGUUCUGUUCCUCAUAGACACUGCGCUCGUGUGGUUCGAGAACCAUGAAGAUAUCUGCACAACGUGGGACAGCUUCGUUACUCACCUUACCGAGUGCUUCGGCGAUUCCACCACGAAAAGGAAGCGGGCGGAGCAGACAUUGCUUCAGCGUGCUCAAGUCCCAGGCGUGUUCCCUAUAUAAGCGAGCCAGCGCUGCAGGCCUUGUCACCCUCGUCAGACCGAUCAGCCAAAGGUUUGCGACCUCUGCCUUCCGAACAACACCGCCACCAUGAGAGCGUUCGUCGUCGUUUGCCUUCUGUCAGCAGUUGCCCUUGGUAGUGCCCAAACUCGGGAUCCCCGUGAAGCAAAUGCACGUACCGCCAGCGCUGCAAACACAAGAGGUGCGUUGACAGGGAACCUGCGUGGUGGAAUCGAAUCUGUUGGUCCCAGUGGAGCUCCGGGCACCACCAUAACGCUCGGAGGCACCGUCGGCGGUGGUCUUGGAGGCCAGGGAGGAGGCUUUCCUUCGGUCUGGAGUGGAAGUUAUGCACCAACUCAUGGCUGGAAUCAAGGUUUUGGACAUGCUAGUGGCUAUGGCUACAACCCUUACGGCUACGGUUCUUAUGGAUACAAUCCUUACGGCUACGGUUCCUACGGCUACAAUCCUUACGGCCACGGUUCCUACGGCUACAAUCCUUACGGCUACAACUAUGGAAACAACGGUUACAGCAACGGUUACGGUUAUGGCGGCCAUUAUCACAACAACAACAACCGCCACCUGUGAGUGCAACCCACCGGUGUCGCAGCUUCAGCUGCUGCGCGUAUUAUCAGUUCUCUCCGUGCUUCUAGUUAACCUGCGACUUUACUACCAAAAGUGCUGUGUCACAACAAGAUAACAGACAUCAAAUUCGGGAAAGAAAUAACGUAUUUUGCACCUGGUACUUCAAUAUUUACGCAUAUCAUUGCAGAUUUACGAGCCACUGACAAACAGGGACUUCACAAUAUAAUCAAUAAAGAUUUUCAGUUUUUAA